ACAUGUCCCACCUCGAUCCCGAUGGUAUCGCAAAAGGAGAGACAGAGGAGCAGAUGUACAUCCUGGGGUCAGCUCUCAUCCGGGCAGCGGAGCACCUCGGCUGGCUAAGACCAGAACGGUACCAAUCGACGCCCAAACGACUGCAACCGUCCCCACCUGCAAGGUCGGUAUCAUCCUUCCCAACAACAGUGCGGUCGUCCAGCCGCGCAUCUGCCCCUUCCCGCAUGUCUGUGACCUCCGUGUCGAGCACGUCAGCCGGUACCGUCCACCUCACACGUACCUCGCGUGCGUCCUCCGUCUCCGCACUCCCCAUAAGCUCAGCUCCCACCCCUAUCCCACGGAGUGUAUCUUACAAUAUCCCCUCUUCCGCAAGUUCGAGUCGUACAUCCACCACCAGCUCCUCCUUCCAACUCCCCCCUUCCCCGACACCUGUGAGGAGCAGGAGCGCCACUCCGAGCGCGACGUUUGAGGAGGUGAGGGCGUUGUCUAGAUUGAGCAUGGCGGGGAGGAGAAGUGUGACGCCUCUCUUAGCUGGGAAGUCGAGUGUCGGGAGUCUGGGCAGUGUGGAGAGAAGACAGAACGGAAGAAAAGGGAGUUGGGGUGGUGCGGAUACGUGGAUGAAGAGCGAGACGAUCCAGGGGGAAGAAUGGCGGGAAGAGGAGGAAGGGCAAGAAGGGAAGGACGAGGAGUCCGAGUUGGAGUCUGAGUCCGGGCAGGGAUACCUGAGCGUAGUGGACGAUGUCUCCGAGUGGGAACAGACCCGAUUACCUCACACUUCCUCCCUCUCUUCUUCUGAAGACCCAUCCCUGCAACACAGUUCCCACACCACGAGCUCCACGCCUCCCCACUCCCGCAGCCUUGCUCAAGACCUCUCCGCACCUAUCCUCUCCCCCUCAGAACAGCGACGAAGAAAGCACGAGCUCCUACAGAAAAGAGCGGAGUUAUUGCGGCAGCUUGCGCAGUUGAGGGUGGAAGCGAGCGGGAUGGGCCUGAUGUUAGAUUACCAGGUCGUGGAGAGUGGGCAUGCGUAGUUUCUAUAUUUGUCUCUUCCUUGUGGAGAAUUUUGGAGGAAAU